AAAUCGUCAUUAAAAAAUAUUGUGUUAAAAACGGUCCGUAAAAUAUUUAACACAGACUAUUUGUGUUGAACUCUAACACUAAAUUUGUAUUAAAAUUUAACACUGUUCAAAUAAUACGAUAAAAUUCGAAAGAAUUGAGCAGAAUUAAAAUUUUUAAUUCGGUCUAAUUCAGUUCUUUAAUCAGAGUUACCUGUUCAAAUUAACCGCUGUAUCAUAAAAAAAUACUUUUUCAAAAAUUUAUCAAUAAAUACUUGAUAGGAAUAUGGAGCCAGAAUAUAAUUUUGAAUCAAAUAAUUUGAAUCAAUCUUUCAAUGAAAUUAUAGGACAUAUAGAAGACAUAUUAAUCGAGCCCAAGUUUCAAGAAACUCAACAACAUUUUUUAGAAAAAUAUUGGAAAGAAUUCGAUUCCGAAGAAGAAAAUAAAUUAAUUUAUAUGAAUAUAUUUGAAGAAUAUCAUAAAACAAUUGAAAAUUACAUAGAAACUAAUUUAAAGAAAAUAAUACCUGAAUUUUCAAUGGAAUCGUUACUAAAAUACUUGAGUGAUUAUAGUUCAGAAUUAGAGGGCGAAGUUUUCGAAAUUCUCUAUGCCUUGACAGAUUUUUUGGCAUUUAAGGAAAUGGUUUUGGAUUAUAAAGCCGUAAAAGAAGGAAAGAUUCAAGAUCUGAGUACCGGUAUUAUAAUCACACCAAUCAAUCAUUGAAUUCAAGUCAUUAGAAAAUUGUAAGGAACAUUAGACUAAUUUUUUUAUACUUAUUUAUUUUAAUAUAUAAAUAGGCUAGCUGUCAAAAGCUAUUAGACUUUGGAAGUCCCACAAAUUUUUUCUGGCCAAGUUCUGGUCUCUGGUGAUGGCGUCGCUUAUAAAGUAUACAUGAUAAGUUAUGAUAUUUCACAGUCACAAAUAUGUAAUUUAAACAAAAAAUUGAAUAUAAACGUAUUCAGAAUGAUCAAAUUUAUCUGUUGGCUGUCAAAUAAUUACCACGAUAUUAAUAAUAAACUUGCAUAAUUUUAAUAUACUUUUUUA